CCCAGCGCCGAGAGCAGGGUUACCGCGCCCAUCUCGUCGUUCGAUGGCCGCACAUGAAUCGUCAAACUCCGGGCAAGGCAAGUGUUAGACUCGGUUAAGGUGAAACUAAGUGUUCCUCGUCGAUCAGGAGUAGCAGUGGCUUUUCAAGAUUAGCCGUUUUGACUUAACAGUGCAUUGUCAUCAGCACAGGACUAGUGGGUGUGAUUCCCCCUCCCUUCUCUGCCUUGGUUGUCAAGCUCCCCAGCCGUAGCCUGCGUUCAGGAAGGGCUGCUCCUCUGAAAACUGCGCUAGCUGGCUUUGCUAGUUAGUAAGCUAGCGUUGUGGUGUUCGUUGAUGCGUGGAUCGGAGGAAUACAUUGACUUGUUUUCCAUUCAAUGCCAAAACGUAAACUCAGGCGCAGAUUGAAUCGGAUCUACAAGUGCCCCAGUAGCUGGAGUAAGGUAAUUAAAAAAGCAGAAUCAAAAUGAGUGAACUGGACCAGUUACGCCAAGAGGCAGAGCAGCUCAAGAAUCAGAUCAGAGAUGCUAGAAAAGCAUGUGCAGAUGCCACACUAUCACAGAUCACAGCCAAUAUUGACCCUGUUGGCCGAAUCCAGAUGCGUACAAGACGAACGCUGCGAGGUCAUUUGGCUAAAAUCUACGCCAUGCACUGGGGAACAGAUUCCAGGCUCUUGGUCAGCGCCUCUCAAGAUGGCAAACUCAUUAUUUGGGAUAGCUAUACCACAAACAAGGUUCACGCCAUUCCACUUCGAUCUUCUUGGGUCAUGACCUGUGCGUACGCACCUUCAGGGAACUACGUUGCCUGUGGUGGCUUGGACAACAUCUGCUCCAUUUACAACCUCAAAACUCGCGAGGGAAAUGUACGUGUGAGCCGUGAGCUCGCAGGACAUACAGGAUACCUGUCCUGUUGUCGCUUUCUUGAUGACAAUCAGAUUGUUACAAGCUCUGGAGACACCACUUGUGCACUUUGGGACAUUGAGACCGGCCAGCAGACGACUACGUUUGCAGGUCACACAGGUGAUGUGAUGAGCCUGUCGCUGGCCCCUGACUCCCGGUUAUUCGUCUCUGGUGCUUGCGAUGCCUCUGCCAAACUCUGGGAUAUUCGAGAGGGCAUGUGUAGACAGACAUUUACUGGUCAUGAGUCUGAUAUUAAUGCCAUCUGUUUUUUCCCUAAUGGCAAUGCCUUUGCCACGGGCUCUGAUGAUGCCACCUGCAGGCUGUUUGAUCUGCGAGCUGAUCAGGAAUUAAUGGUCUACUCUCAUGACAACAUCAUAUGCGGCAUUACUUCUGUUGCAUUCUCAAAGAGCGGCCGCCUCCUCCUGGCAGGAUAUGAUGACUUUAACUGUAACGUGUGGGACACACUAAAAGCAGAUCGCGCUGGUGUGUUGGCUGGACAUGACAACCGUGUUAGCUGCCUGGGGGUUACUGACGAUGGCAUGGCAGUCGCAACAGGUUCCUGGGACAGUUUUCUGAAGAUCUGGAAUUGAAGCCUGUAGGUUCUGUUUUUUGUUCCUGUAUUUAGUCAGCCUUUUAAAAUGACCGAUAACCGGAGGUUUGGUUUGCAUCUGAACCACGCCUUCUUGUUUCUAGAUUCCCGGCCAUUUUUGUCUUUGCCCAGUAAGCUUUAAAAUAAUUUCCAUCAGAAUGGCCUGUUGGCGGGGCCACCCAAAACACGUCAGCUUUGAUUCUCCAAACGCCUAAGUAUUUGUCUUUGUUUCCUAGAUGAUUCUUUUAACUCCAAAGUUGACUGGAAGACCAUUACAACUUGAGAAUGUUCACAGCAUCUUCAACACUGUUUAAACUGACUUGGACACCACAAAAACGAAGGGAAACCAUUGCCUUUCCUACACAAAGAAGAGCACAAUUGUUUAUCACCUAGUUAAGAAAGGAUCUCCUGUGGUCUCAAAUCAGAAACUUGUGCAUUCCUUCUUGGACCAUUUUAUGUUACUUUGAAAGAGAAACAACACUAUCAUCCCAUGCAAACGUGUGCGUCUUGAAAGCAAAUGUUGGAGUGUAAUUGUACAAAUUAUUUAACUUUUUUUUUUUUUUUAAAGAUUUCUAUUCCGAUGGUUUGUUAUUCUCAAUGGCUUUCUCUUUGUCAUAUUUCUUUAGUGGUUUUAGAUUUGUUUGAAUUACAGCUUGUCUUUGUAAUCCAGGUAAAUCAUAUAAGAUGAGAAAAAAACACGCAGAAGUAAAAGCUUGGAUCAUAUUACACGAGCAGCUUUCAUAAUGUCCAUAAUGUAUUUAUAUUAUAGCUGUUUUUGUUCCAUCACAGCUUUUUGCACAUUAAGCUUUGCCUCUCAACUAAUACUAUGUUAACUAACCAAGCACAUGCUAUAUGUUAUGAAUGCUCAUUCCAGUAAAAGAAAAAAGAAAAAAAAAAGAGUUGUGAGAAAAAUUCUCCAGUUAACCCCCUAAUUCUUGCACAUGCCUUUCUGCAGGAUAGGGUGGGAUAGCGAGGUUGUUUGCUGUGAUAAUAAAGGCAUGGCUUGAAUUUCCUAUAUAGAAGGGGUUUAUGUUCUGUAUCCACUUUGAGUGCAACACCUCACAUGACUAAAUACACACUUCCUUUGCUUGGGACUGCAGUUACAACUCUGUGAAUGAAAUGUACAAAUCAAUGUCUGAAAAUAAUGAGCAGAUGUUUUAAGUUUGAGGCAUUUAAUUUUGUCUGCCAUGAGUUAAUUUAGAUGUGCAUGCUGUAGACUUGCUUUCAAUGGUGCAAAAAAAUCCUAGAUUUUCUUUUGUUACCAAAAAGGAGAGUAACCUGUUUGACUGAGCUAAAUAAAAGCCAAUUUUUUAUAUAUAUUUUUUUUUGGGCGGGGGUGGGUCUCAAUCUCUGCAUACAUCAUGUACUAAUACUGGUAAUGCUAUGCACCAGAGUGGGCAAGAAUGACGAAAGACGUAAAAAUUAACUUCAUACUUGGUGUAAAUUAUGCUUACCAGUUCUAUUGAUGCCAAUUUUGUAAUAAUUAUAGCAAUCAUUGUGAGAAUGUUAUCCUCGACACGUCCUCUCUCUCUCCUUUCAAUCUUCACUCUCAAUAGAACAAAAAUGUCCUUGCAUACUGUCCAUACUAAAAACUUUUGUAUUAUUUUCUUUUCUUUUGGUCUUAAAUAGAAAAUCUAAGCAUCUGAAUUACAGCAUUUUACUGUAUACAGAAGCACUUUUAAGGUUGUGAGAUAGUUUCACUUUUUUUUUCCUGCAAUGAUGUACAAUAAAUGUGAUGUAUUUGUGUGUGGCCACAAGUGAAAAUGCAAUUCAACUGAGAUGGAUUCCCUUUUUCUCUUUCCAUUAAUAUUAUAGAGCUCUGCACCCUUAUGUACCUUUCCACUUUUUGUAUUUCAUUUCGGUCUGUUGGUGUUCCACGGUGAGCUGGAUGCAAGGUAGAUACUGUACUAAAUUGUACUGUUAUUGAUUGAAAAAUGUAAUAAAAAGCUGUUUGAGAUCUC